AUGUUCUUUCCAAUCGAGUUCGUGGGCUGCCCGCGACGCCCGAUUGUUCCCAGCUGGCUUGGGCUGCCUAUAAAUGGCUGGCAGGGCAUUGUGCCGCGAAAAGCUGGCGUCAUGGCCCGACGGGCCACCGAGCGUAUGAUUGGGAACCUCGUGACCGUUGAAGAAUUCAUGGACCGCAUUGAGCCACAGCAUUUCUUUGACGCCUUGGAAGACCUUAUGGGCGGCCUCUGCUUCCAGGUCUUGGAAAAGAUCAUGUUGAAGCGGUUGCCUACAGUUUGGACAGCGCUUCCAAGUUCCGUGCAGCAUGAGCUGAAACUGAAGGUCCUGGAGGACACCAAACAGAGUUUUGGCAAGGCUAUGGUGGACUUAAAGACGAACAUCAGCUCUAUUCUUGACCUGCAGGAAAUGGCAGUCGAGACUUUUGUAAACAACCCUCGCAUGAUGGUGGAUAUGUUCAGGUCUGUGGCACUGAAGGAAUUGGUCUUCAUUCAGCGUGUGGCAGCCGUGAUGGGUUUCGUCCUCGGGCUCGUUCAAGUGGUAUUCUACAUUAUGUUGAAGGACAAGCCGGGAAUGGACUACAUCAUGCUGCCAGUUUCUGGACUGAUCAUUGGCUACUUUACCAAUCUGUUGGCAUUAAAAAUGACUUUCCGCCCAGUUUGGCCUCAUCAGUUCUGUAAUGGCCGAAUAAAUGUGCAAGGGGUCUUCUUGAAGCGGCAGCGCGAGGCAUCGCAGAAGAUGGCAGAGCUUAUCUGUAGAAACGUAGUGGAUGCUAGAGCCAUGCUCAACUACAUGCUGCGGUCUCCUUCUUCCACGGGGGUGGAAAAGGUUUUGGAAAUCUAUCGGAACCACGUCGGCCGGUCUGUCGACAAGAGCAUGGGCAUUGCCAAGAACAUGGCCAUGGUCGCGCCAGCCACACUUGGCUCUCAGAUUGAUGAGAUGAAGCAGGAUGUGAUAGACUUUUCCUUGGAGCUUUUGCCACAGCACUCAAAAGCGAUUGAAGACUACAUGGACAGGACGAUGAAUGUGCAGGAGACGUUGACCUGGCGCCUUUCGCGCAUUUCGCCACCGGAGUUUGAAAGCAUUAUUCAUCCAAUAUUUCAGGAUGAUGAGUGGAUCCUGUUGGUGGUGGGUGGUUUUUUAGGUGUCAUCAUUGGUUUACUACAGGCUUGGGCGCUGCAGGCAGUUUGA